UACACAUGGGAAAUAUUAUUCCAUUCUUUGGCUUAGUUCUCUUCGUCUGUGCUUCCUUGGUUUCCACUUUAUACGAUGGACCCAUCUAUGACUCCACUGCGUACACAGAGUGCAAAAGGGAGCCCGAGGAGCCGCUUUACAUGGGAGGAAUUUUGAACAGUCAUCUCCCUCAGUUCUCCUCUCAGAGUCAGGGUGUUGAGGAGGGCCAUGGUUAUAUUAUGCCUUCAUUGGUUUUGCACAACCUCACUCAGGGGACAAUCUACUGUUUCUCCAUUUGGGUAAGAGUCGAAAGUGGAAGUUCAGGUCUAGUAAGGGCAACCCUCCAAACGGGAAAUAUGGCAUAUGACUGCAUUGGCACAGUUUUGGCCAAGCCUGGCUGCUGGUCAUUUCUUAAAGGAGGAUUUGUUCUGGAUUCCUCAUCAAAAUUAUCAAUACUCUUCUUUCAGAACGCUUAUGGUAGUGACAUCAAAAUAGCCCUGGCCAGUCCUUCUUUGCAGCCAUUUACGAUACAGCAGUGGAGAGUUAAUCAACAGUAUAUCAUCAACACUAAAAGAAAGCGAGCCGUAACUAUUCAUGUGUCCGAAUCAAAUGGAGACAGAUUGCCAGGAGCCGCCAUCACUGUAGAGCAGGUCUCUAAAGACUUCCCUUUCGGAUCUGCUAUUGCAAAGACCAUCCUUGGCAAUAUGCCAUACCAGAACUGGUUUGUGAAGCGGUUCAAUGCUGUAGUAUUUGAAAAUGAGCUCAAAUGGUACGCAACAGAGCCUGACCAAGGCAAGAUCGACUACACCAUUCCAGAUCAGAUGAUGCAAUUUGUGAGAGAAAACAAGCUCAUAGCAAGAGGCCACAACAUAUUCUGGGAAGAUCCUAAAUACACACCAGCAUGGGUUCAUAACCUUACCGGUCCGCAGUUACAAUCUGCUGUGAGUUCUCGGAUUCAAAGUUUAAUGAGCAAAUACAAAGAGGAGUUCAUACACUGGGAUGUCAGCAACGAGAUGCUCCACUUCAAUUUCUAUGAGCGACGACUUGGACCUGAUGCCUCAUUCCAGUUCUUCCAGACAGCACAUACAUCCGACCCAUUAGCAACCUUGUUCAUGAAUGACUUUAAUGUUGUUGAGACUUGCUGUGAUGUAAAUUCCACUGUUGACUCGUACAUCUCAAGGUUACAACAAUUGAGGCAACAUGGUGUCUUUAUGGAUGGGAUUGGCUUAGAAGGUCACUUCACAAUACCGAAUCCUCCUCUUAUCAGAGCAAUCCUAGACAAGUUGGCAACGCUUGGAAUCCCCAUUUGGUUUACUGAAGUCGACAUCAGCAAGACUCUUGAUAAAAAUACACAGGCUAGCUAUUUGGAAGACGUGCUAAGAGAAGGAUUCUCUCACCCUAGUGUGAAUGGCAUAAUGCUAUGGACAGCAUUUCACCCUCAAGGGUGUUAUCAAAUGUGCCUCACGGACGGUGGUUUCAGGAAUCUUCCAGCAGGGGAUGUGGUGGAUAAACUUAUUCAAGAAUGGCAAACCUGCAGUGUAAAGGGAUUGACAGAUCAACAUGGUUCCUUUAGCUUUUAUGGGUUCUUGGGAGAAUAUAGAAUCGGAAUCCAAUAUGGCAACAAAACUGCAAAUUCAACUUUCUCCCUUUCUCAAGGUCAAGAAACUAGACAUUUUACUAUUACAUUGUGACUCGCUCACUCGCCUCAACGUUCUUUUAAUUAACCCUGCAGUAGCCGCAUCUUAAUCUUGCCAGAUAUGUACUAGUUUUAUGUAUCACCUUCGUAGCUGCAUUAAUCGCCAUGAUGUAAAUCUCGGCUGUGUGCUUUACAACGCCAGAAAUAGAGUUCCCUGGCCUUUUCUGGUU